CCGACUAGACAACAGCGCUUGCCCAGCAGCUUUCAGAGUUAGAGAGAAAAACUGGAGCAUUUCUACACUGGAAUACUAGCUUGUUAUGAAUCAAUUAUUAUUGGAUAAAAGGAUAAAUACCGUAGUUUGAAUCAAAUCAGAAAUGAGUUCACCAUCUCCAAGCCAACCUGCGUUUGGCUCAUCACUGUAUGGUCAGCAAACCUCAAGCAUAGGAAUGAGUCAUUUGUCAAUACAGCAGCCUCCUAGAAAUUUACCAGUUUCAGGUCCAACCACCAGUGGACAGCUAACUUCCCCCAAUCGUAGUGGUGGGAAUGUCUUACCCCAAAUGGGUAACAAUCAGAGAAUAGGAGUACUUGGCCAAAGAGCAGUUGGAGAUAAGAGGCCUUCCAUAGGGGGCUAUGGACAAUCCAUGAUUGGUGGUUCUUACUUCAACCUACCUGCAUCAGCACCUUCAGGACUAGGACAAGCUGGGCUUGCUGGGGUGAGAGGAGCGUUUCAAGGAUUAGCACAUGGACAAGGAACACAGUCACAAGGAGUACAAGGAUUGCAAAUGCCAUUUGGUAUGCCACUAGGAAUGGAUGGCAGUUUAGCACCACCUUCACUGGAUUUAUCUGAAUUUCCAAGUCUGACUAAUAGAUCUAUGGGCCCAAACGAGAACGGUGGUAGUUCGUCGCUAACAGGGAGAUCUAACUAUGUGGGAAUUAUUAAAACGCCUGCGUCAGAAACGACGGAAUUUACAAUGAGUAAUGAGGAUUUUCCUGCUCUCCCGGGUACGCAGAACAAUGACAACAACACAUCAACUGGAAGCGGUGCUGAGACGAGCAAAGUAUCUAACACGUCCACUUCGUCGUCAUCCGUCAGUAACACCAACUUAAACCACAGUAAACGUGGACUUCAAAUUAGUGCCGAUGGGAAGGUGACGAACAUACCUAGUAACAUGGUAGCAGAUCAGUUUGGAAUGGCGGGCCUCUUGACAUUUAUUCGAGUGGCAGAAUCCGAUUCUAAUCUGGUCUCUUUAGCCCUCGGAUCUGACUUAACGACAUUAGGUUUAAAUCUUAAUUCACCGGAACCAUUGUACAACAACUUCGGUGGUCCGUGGGCUGAGAAUCCCUGUCGGCCGCAGGAUAUAGACUUUCAUGUCCCACCUGAGUACCUGACCAAUGCCGUUAUACGCGACAAACUUGCCCCAGUGAAACUUAAUCGAUAUCAAGAGGACCUACUCUUUUAUCUCUUUUAUACCAAUGUUGGAGACACGAUGCAACUUGCUGCCUCUCUCGAACUCUACAACAGGGACUGGCGCUAUCAUAAAGAGGAGAGAUUGUGGAUCACUCGAGUACCCGGUAUGCCACUCAUGGAGAAAACCGGGACGUAUGAGAGAGGCACCUAUUACUGCUUCGAUCCUAAUAAUUGGCGUAAGGUCGCCAAGGAAAUGUUCGUCGAGUAUGAACGCUUAGAAGAUCGGCCAAGAGAUUUGCAGAUGCCGGCGAUGGAACCAAAUUACAGGAAAGCAGAUGGGAGGAAAGUGUCUGGGAAUGGAGAUAUUGGAUUACCAUCCAAUCCUAGGAUUGAUAUUCAAUAUCCUGGAGGUGCAUCUUCUAGACUAAUUCCUAGUCAAGACAUUAUUCGCCAUCCUACACAAAGUCCAAUGCGACCACAAACAAACUCAGCCAGAUUAGAAACUCCAAAUGGAAUGAUAGGUGCCCCUAGAAUGUUGAUUGCUCUUUAUGACUACAAUGCUAGAGAAAUUUCUGAUAUGAGCUUUAGGAAAGGGGAUAGGAUGGAAUUGCUGGAUGAUAGUGAUUCUGAUUGGUGGAAAGCCGAACAUUCUGCCUCCAACAAAGUGGGAUAUGUUCCGCGAAACUUUGUUGCAUUGGAACAAUCAGUGGAGAGCUAUGAUUGGUUUUUCGGUCAUAUCGGCCGCAAAGAAGCCGAAAAACUAUUACUGAGCCAAGAACUGCCGAGAGGAGCCUUUUUAAUCCGCUUUGCCGAGCACAUUCCCGGUGGCUUUUCCUUGACUAUGCGGGACUACGAAGAAGAGAGAGGGCCGCAUAUAAAACAUUACAAAAUCAAAUGCCUCGAUCAAGGUGGAUAUUACGUCACAACACGGCAGACAUUCACUUCGCUUCCGGAAUUAGUGUCUUCUUAUAUGCGUGAAGCCAACGGUUUGUGUCAUACUCUUACGGUCGCGUGCCCAAAACUUCGUCCAACCAUUUGGGAUUUGUCACCUCAGACUCGAGAUAAGUGGGAGAUUGACCGCGCAGAGCUGGAAUUUAUUCGUAAGCUUGGCAGUGGUAACUUUGGCGAGGUGUGGUAUGGAAAAUGGCGCCACUGCUACGAUGUUGCCAUCAAGACUGUGAAAGCCGGUAACAUGUCAUCGUCCGAUUUCCUUCAGGAGGCUUCGAUCAUGAAAAAGUUUCGCCACCCGAACCUGGUUGCACUCUAUGCCGUUUGUUCGAAAGAGGAACCCAUCUUCAUCGUGACAGAAUAUAUGAACAAAGGUUCUCUGCUCGAUUUGCUACGUCGCGAUGAAGGAAAGGCCUUGAUUUUUAUGGAGCUUGUGUACAUAGCAGCACAGGUUGCAAGUGGAAUGUCUUAUCUGGAGUCAAGACAACUCAUUCAUCGGGAUUUGGCGGCACGUAACGUGUUGGUGAGUGACGGUUGCGUGGCCAAAAUCUGUGAUUUUGGUUUGGCGCGGCUGAUUAAAGACAACGAAUAUUGCCCUACUGCUGGAACCCGAUUUCCUGUUAAAUGGACUGCUCCAGAAGCAGCUCUAUGUGGCAGAUUCUCCAUUAAAUCUGAUGUGUGGUCUUUUGGCGUACUACUCAUGGAGCUCUUCACUUACGGACAGGUUCCGUAUCCUGGGAUGCACAACCGAGAAGUUAUUGAAAAUGUCGAAAAGGGCUACCGAAUGCCAAAGCCUGUCAAUAAUCCUUUACCAGAUGCUCUUUAUCGUCUUAUAAUCUCAUGCUGGGAAGCUGAACCUGACAAACGGCCUACUUUUGAAUUUCUUCAUCAUUUCUUAGAAGACUUCAAUAUCACGUCUGAAGUGCCGUACCGAGAGGUCAAUGAUUGAUCCAGCAACGGAUCUGCUGAUGUUCCCGUAACAUCUACAAUUUGAACCACUGAGAUUAUACAAUUUGCGGAAAUAUUUAAGAAAGUGACCAUGGAGGCUCAGUUUUGUCAAAUGAUUGUCGUGUAUUUUAAUUGUAAGAAGUGCUUUCCUUUUAACCAGUAACCCCUUCAUACAGCAAUGGCCUGCAUUUCUUUCUUUCUUGGACCCUAUCUAUCAGCGCCCCUUUUCCUAGUCAUAUUCUUUGGCAUGAACUUUCAAAGCGUUCAACUCGAUUUGUAUGACUUUAAAUUGUCGAAAGAACAGGAGUAUUAUGUAUUA